AUGAGCACCCAGGAGAUAUGCUGCCCAGUCAAUCAGGGAAAUCAGGUUAAAGAGGGACUUGCUAGACUUCAUGGUCUAUGUGAAGAUGGCGAGUGCGAUGCCAUAAGGGCUCCCAGCGACCGCUCUCCUUACCCUCUAUCUUCUCUCGACCACAAUCCCCUCGGAAUGAACGUCACCUUUUUGCUGUUCUUUCAGACUACGCAGUUCGAGAAAAGCAUCCGUGUCCUAGAAGAUGGCAUCAAACUGCUGCUGACGGUCCACCCCUUCCUCGCAGGGGACGUGACUCGCCGGACGGUCAACCAAGGGCAGUAUACUUGGCAGAUCGAACCGGAAGCCCCAGAGUCGCUUGUCCAGUUUCCUAUGCUUCAGACACAACAUUCCCAGGCCGAGUCGAUUAGGGAACUCCAAUCGAAAUGCCUCCUAACGGGCGCUGAGGAGCAGGUAAUCAUAAGUCGGCUGGCCCCGUUGCCCGUCGACAUGGAUAUUUCGUUGCCGCGAAGGCCGAUUCUACGCUUUCAAGCAAAUGUAAUGUACGAUGGGAUCAUUCUCGCCAUGACGUUUCAUCAUUCUGCAAUGGAUGGCGCAGGCGCUGCGCGAGUCUUGGGCCUUCUAGCCGAUUGCUGCAGGGACCCGACCGUGACGUCUUCUGCAAGUGUGCUUCCAGACAGGCAGUUACGAUCAGAGAUUGGGCGUCUUGUCUCAGAAAGCAGUUCUGAUUCUUCGAGGGCGGAUUUCAGCCAGCACUAUUGCGGCCUCGGAGACUGGGCAGCACUACUCACAGAGAAUUGGUCGGGGUUCCUCCGGGCGAGAGCCCCCGAGCUUGUAACCUGGCGAGUGACGAUUCCCGGUUCUAAGAUCGAAUAUUUGAAGAGAGCUUGCAAUACUCUGGUAAAGGGACAAACACCUGCCCAGGCUGAUGGUAGGCCGAACCCGGAGUUCCUGUCUAGUAACGACAUUGUGAGCGCCCUGAUGGCCAUGAUACUUCGACAAGCGGAACAAUUGGCGGGUAAAUCCACCGAACUGUCACUCGCGGUGGACAUGCGCGGCAAUUUCAAAACACCAGCCUUUGACGACUAUCUGGGAAACAUGGUGCUAUUGACAUACACGCCAAUCCACGCUGGGAAGAACGAGGCUCCGGUUGAUGGCGCAGAUUCUUUGGUAGAAUUGCAUCAAAAGUGCCUGGAGGAGCUCAUGCAGAUUGCAGCUCGUAUACGCCAGAGCCUUCUGGCAGUCAACGCAGACUACAUCCAAGACGCUCUAUCCCAUCUCCACUCGCAGACCGACUGGGCGGAGAUCGGAUUCCGGGGAGUUCCCAUCCCCUUGAGCAGCUUCAGGAAUUUUGGAAUCUUCGAUCUGGAUUUUGGGGAGAGUCUGGGAGCGCAACCCUGUGGGUUUCAACUGAAUUUGCCUGUCUUGGGGGGAAUGUGUUUUAUCCUUCCAAAGCGUCAGGAUGGUCUGGCGGGUACGGAGCCGUGGGACUUGCAUCUGACUCUGAAUCGUGGCGAUCAGUCCCUGUUAGCAAAGGAUCCCUUAUUUUGCUGGGCUACAGGAGGGCAACCAUAG